CAGCGCGCAGAGCGGGCAGCGGGCGGGCGGUCAGACGGCUUCUCCUCCUUCGGCUCCUCCUGCUCCGCCCGAGCUCCCGCUCCUUCGCCCGGAGAGACCCGCGGCCCGCAGAGUCGUGCGCCCGCACCGAGGCAACCUCGCUGCGCCCCAUCCCGUCCCGCUGGGCACUCCCAGGGCAGCACGCCCGAGGCCAAAGUUGUCCCGCACGGCCGGGCAGGCAAGCUCGGGCUGCAGCGGCCCCUCCAGCGGCGCGCACGACAACUUUGGAGAGGCGAGUAGCAGCCUCAGCGGCGGCAGCGGCAAUGACUCCCUGGCUCGGGCUAGUCGUGCUCCUGGGCAGCUGGAGCCUGGGGGACUGGGGCGCCGAGGCGUGCACAUGCUCGCCCAGCCACCCCCAGGACGCCUUCUGCAACUCUGACAUCGUGAUCCGGGCCAAGGUGGUAGGGAAGAAGCUGGUGAAGGAGGGGCCCUUUGGCACGCUGGUCUACACCAUCAAGCAGAUGAAGAUGUACCGAGGCUUCACCAAGAUGCCCCACGUGCAGUACAUCCACACAGAAGCUUCUGAAAGCCUCUGUGGCCUGAAGCUAGAAGUCAACAAGUACCAGUACCUGCUGACAGGCCGCGUCUAUGAUGGUAAGAUGUACACAGGACUGUGCAACUUCGUGGAGAGGUGGGACCAGCUCACCCUCUCCCAGCGCAAGGGGCUCAACUACCGGUAUCACUUGGGCUGUAACUGCAAGAUCAAAUCCUGCUACUACCUGCCUUGCUUUGUGACCUCCAAGAACGAGUGCCUCUGGACCGACAUGCUCUCCAAUUUCGGCUACCCUGGCUACCAGUCCAAACACUACGCCUGCAUCCGGCAGAAGGGUGGUUACUGCAGCUGGUACCGAGGAUGGGCACCCCCGGACAAAAGCAUCAUCAAUCCCACAGACCCCUGAGCACCAGACCCUACCCCACCUCACCUCCCUCCCUUCCCGCUGAGCUUCCCUCGGACACUAACUCUUCCCAGAUGAUGACAAUGACAUUAGUGCCUGUUUUCUUGCAAAUUUAGCACUUCGAACACUUAAGGAAAAGU